AUGUCGACGAGGAGGCAUUUUGCGAUAUUCACCACCGCAAGCCUCCCAUGGAUGACGGGAACAGCCAUCAACCCUUUGUUCCGGACCGCUUACCUGGCCAAGGAUGGUGAUAAGGAUGUCACACUAGUGAUCCCCUGGCUUUGUCUAAGGGACCAAGAGUUGGUUUACCCUAACAAGAUUGUAUUUGACUCGCCUUUGGAGCAUGAGAGCUAUGUUCGUCACUGGAUCGAGGAGAGGAUUGACUUUAGGCCAUCCUUCAGCAUCAAAUUCUACCCAGGGAAGUUUUCUAAAGAAAUGAGAAGCAUUCUCCCUGUUGGAGAUAUUACAGAAUGCAUUCCAGAUGAAGUUGCUGACAUUGCUGUAUUGGAAGAGCCCGAGCAUCUGACUUGGUACCACCAUGGGCGAAGAUGGAAAAAUAAGUUCCGGCGAGUUAUAGGAAUUGUUCAUACAAAUUAUCUAGCAUAUGUAAGGAGAGAAAAGAAUGGUCAAGUUAUUGCUUGUUUCCUCAAGUAUGCUAACACUUGGGUAACUCGAAUCUAUUGCCACAAGAUUAUCAGAUUGUCAGGUGCCACCCAAGAUCUUCCCAGGUCUGUUAUAUGCAAUGUCCAUGGUGUUAAUCCAAAAUUUCUUGAGGUAGGCAAGCUAAAGUUGAGGCAGCUGCAGAAUGGGGAGAAAGCCUUCACAAAAGGGGCAUACCACAUCGGGAAGAUGAGCAAGUUGGUUGGUCUUGAAGUGGAUUUAUAUGGCAGCGGAGAAGAUUCUGAUGAGGUCUGUGAAUCUGCCAAACGUUUAAGUUUGUCCGUCAAUGUUCAUCCUGGUCGUGAUCAUGCAGAUCCCUUGUUCCAUGAGUAUAAAGUGUUCAUAAAUCCCAGCACCACAGAUGUGGUCUGUAUGACCACCGCUGAAGCCCUGGCGAUGGGAAAGAUAGUUAUAUAUGCCAAUCACCCGUCAAAUGAGUUCUUCAAGCAAUUCCCCAACUGCCGUAUCUAUGACAAUGAAGACGAGUUUGUACAACUAACACUGAAUGCUCUAUCAGAGCAGCCUGCUCCAUUGACAGACGCGCAGAGGACCCAUCAAAGCUCGAGGGCUUUGUUGCCUGCUUUUCUAAGAACUCGUAAACUGAAACAGAACUUAGAGGACGCGUCAGUUUACCUGCACCAAGCCCUCUCAGGUCUGGAAGUCACUCGCUGUGCAUUUGGUGCUGUUCCCAAGACGCUGCAGCCUGAGGAGCACCUCUGUAAAGACCUUGGUUUGGCUCCUCCGGUAAAGAGGAAAAGGCUGAAAUUUAUAAGAUGA